UUUAAACGCUGCUGCUGCUCAGAGGCUUGUUCAGCAGCGGCUGGGACUCCUCCGACUCGUGUUUCCUUGGAGGCUUUUCGGAUUUUGCUCUGCGGCAGCGCGUAGCGGACUCUGGUUUACUUAGUUGGACUGAAGAUCUCAUUUCCUCUGGAAGCUUUUUCUCUCACCUAGGAUUCUCUACUUGGAAGUUCGUAUUAGUGCGCUUUUAGUGGCAGCAAAACUCCAGAUUGAUACAAGGUACCUGACAAAGGGCUUUCUCCCCCUUGGUGGACAGGAUAGAUGCGUAGCAGGAGCUGCUGCGCUUUCGUGGCAUCGCCGUGGCGCUGGACACUUGAGCGAUGACGAGCGUGUGUUUCAACGCCCGCUGCAAGCCAACCAUGGCUUCGCUCCGUCUCAGUUUGUAAGGAGGAAGAUCUGUGUGCACUGUAAGUGUCGCCGUGAGGAGCAUGCAGUGACAGUCAUGCCUGUGGAAAUGGAAAAAACGGUCACCAAGCUGAUGUAUGACUUCCAGAGGAACUCGACCUCAGAUGACGACUCGGGCUGCUCUCUCGAAGAAUACGCCUGGGUACCACCGGGACUUAAACCUGAACAGGUUCAUCAUUACUACAGCUCCCUGCCUGAGGACAAGGUACCCUACGUAAACAGCCCAGGAGAGAAGUACCGCAUCAAACAGCUGCUCCAUCAGCUCCCGCCCCACGACAAUGAGGUGCGCUACUGCAACAGCCUGGAUGAUGAGGAGAAGCGAGAACUGAAGCUCUUCAGUAAUCAAAGGAAACGGGAGAACCUGGGUCGUGGUAACGUCCGUCCGUUCCCGGUGACGAUGAUGGGGGCAAUCUGUGAGCAGUGCGGAGGGCAGAUAAAUGGUGGCGACAUCGCUGUGUUUGCAUCCCGAGCGGGUCACGCUGUGUGUUGGCACCCUGCCUGCUUUGUGUGCAGCACGUGUAAGGAGCUCCUGGUGGACCUCAUCUACUUCCACCAGGACGGGAAGAUUUACUGCGGCCGGCACCACGCUGAGCGACUGAAGCCGCGCUGCACGGCCUGCGACGAGAUCAUCCUUGCGGAUGAGUGCACAGAGGCAGAGGGUCGUCACUGGCACAUGAAGCACUUCUGCUGUUUUGAGUGUGAGACGGUGCUGGGGGGCCAGCGUUACAUCAUGAAGGAGGGACGGCCCUACUGCUGCUCCUGCUUUGAGUCGCUCUACGCCGAGUACUGCGACUCCUGUGGGGAUCAUAUCGGCAUCGACCAAGGCCAGAUGACGUAUGAUGGACAGCACUGGCACGCCACCGAGGGUUGUUUCUGCUGUGCCCGCUGCAAACGAUCCCUGCUAGGUCGGCCCUUUCUGCCUAAACAGGGUCAAAUCUUCUGCUCACGCUCGUGCAGUCUGGGUGAAGAGCCCAAUGGCUCUGAUUCUUCUGAUUCAGCCUUCCAAAGUGCUCGCUCUACCAGAGAGUCCAGACGCAGCAGCAAAACUACAAAGAGUGGAGGAGGAGGAGUGGGUGGGGGGCAGUCUGAUAGGUAUUCAGAAGAGGUGGACCCACUUUCCAUACAAAUGGAUCUUCUGAGUCUCUCCAGCCAAACGCCCAGUUUAACUCGCGAGCCGCCCUCCUGGCAGAACCAGGAGCAGAUGGGUGAUGGUUACAGUUAUUUAUCACCAUCUGAUCCGAUAGCCAGUCCCACCCCUCUGCAGCUGCUUAGCCAAUGCAAUGUCAGGAGUUCCUUUAACUCCACCUGCUCUGCACAGAACAAUCAACAGCAAGAUCACAGGACCAAAGAGAACGGCGGUUUGAAGCGACCCCGCCUCUCCGCUAUGAAGGGCCACUCUUUGAAUGAGAUGUGGUUUCAGCCAGCUGUUCCAGAGGAGCACUACCCUCCCAAACUGAGGACCCAAAAGAGCGUCAUCGAGGUGUCCCAUUGCACUCAGCACCACAAUGGCUUCUCCUCAGACAAGCGCUCCAUUAGUCUGCACGGCAUUCAGAAAGACCGAGAUGGAGCCGCUCCGACAACUGCUCAGGUAGCAAGAAGCAGGAACCCUAUCAGUGCACUUAACUUCCCCGACCAGCUGACCCCCCUUGAGCAGACCCCAAAAGGUUCCAUAGAGUCCUUGACUUUGUCCAAUGCUACAGGCAACUCAGCAGAUGGUGGAGGAAGGCAUCAGGAGAAUCUCUCCCGUUUCUCCAUGCCAGACCUGAGCAAAGACUCUGGAGUGAAUGUGUCAGAGAAAAGCAACAUGGAUACACUCAACUCCUCUGUUCAGUUUCAUAGCUCCGAGUCUAUUCACAGUCUCAAUGCCAACCAGUCCUACAUGGAGGUAAACGUCCCCAGGUCUGCGCCGUACCAGGUGAAGUUCUGUGACCCUCCUAGUAUGGGGAUUGGUGUGGGAAUGACCCAUCUACCCCCUGGCUUCACCUAUCAGGAGGAGGAUCGGAUCAGUUUGGUUAGCAGCGCUAAUGCUGCACGUCUGCCACCCAUCAGUGAGCGCAGAGUGAGCGGUGUGGCUGGCAGGGAACCAAGCAUCCGAACGGAUGGUCCUGAAGACACACCUCAAAGGCGCCGGCACCACCAUCACCGCCAGCGGCGAUCCCGGCGAUCUCGGUCUGAAAACGCUCUGAACUUAGUGGCCGAGCGACGGGUUCGACCUCAAGAGAGGCCGCAGCUGCUGCGUGUCCAAGAGGAUUACGACCGUUUCCCACCACCGAGGAGUGCCAGGGACCAGUUUGGAGUCAGAGGAGGGGGUAGGUACCAGCCCCAGCUCUUCAGACAGUGCCCCAGGACCACUUCAGACCUGUGUCUGCAAAACCCAGCACCUGCCAGGCGCACUGGUUUGAACCAGUACUCCUGGGAUGAUUAUUAUGAUGACGACUGGUGCUCCACGUGCUCGUCAUCCUCCGAAUCUGAAGAUGAGGGCUACUUCCUGGGUGAACCCAUCCCCAGACCUGUCCAGCUGCGCUACCUCAGCAGCCAGGAGCUGGUCCAUAAGUACAACAACAACACGGGGAAUGGAGGACCCAACAGUAACGGGCAGUUGCACACCCGCAAACGUAGAAAAAGCAAGAACUGUAUUAUCACUUAACAUCUGGACUGUCUCUACAAUGAAUUUCCUUCAGCUUGUGUACACUAACACCCUCCAUCAGGAACAGAUAUACACAAUUCAGUAUUGAGUGUUUGAAGUCUUUCAUGAAUCUGAGUUGAUUAGUCAUGAAACGGCAAAAACGUUAGCAUGAUUGUUCAUUUUGAAGUUUCGCUACGUCUCCUGAGUGUAACAGUUACAUGUAGUUUUGAUGAAAACCUGAUGUGCAAUCUCUCAGUCAUGACUUUUAAUUCCAUGCUGCAAAAAAAGAUGUACAACAUAGUCGGUUUGAUAGUCUGACAUCUGUAUUCGGUGUGUUCGAUAUAGGAUACUAUUAAAAUGUACAUAGAUAAAUGAAUUAAUAAUUUCAUUUAAAUUAACAGUCUGUGUAAAUAGGGUUGUAAAUGAGGACUCACAUAUUUUUAUAUUUUGUAUGGAUAGAAUCAGUUACUUAUUAAAUAACUAUAAUGUAGAAUUAGAGCUAAAAAACAACAAAUGCAUGUGUUUUUGUUUAUUUUUUCGCUGACCUGGUGCUGGUGGAAUAAAGGAGUGUUUCAGUGACUUCUGGCAUUGGCAGCUGGUGUUUCUCUCCAGAGAAUGACAACACAUGGGUGAUGAAGUGUGCAAAAUGGCUCCUUUCCGCAUCUGUUUAAUGCAUAAACUGAGUGACAAUGUGUUGCAGAGGUUGAUUAGAAUCAUACUCCUCCGGUUUGACCGAUUGUAAUGGAUGCGGUCGCAUUCAAACACACAGAGGUCCGUUGUCCUGAUGACAAAUGCCACUGAUGUUCAGAUUUAUUGGAUCAGCCUCCACAAGUUGGAAGCAGCCAACAUGAUCGAGGUCUGGAGGCGCAGUUAUUGAAAGCAGCUGAUGGUGUUUUUGACAUUUUUGGACCAUGGCUAGGACAUUUGUAUCUCUUUAGGAAAAGUCAGAAACUUUCUUGCCCAAUUUCUAAUCUAAUAAAAUUCCCAUUGAGAUUA